AGGAUGCCAACCAGCAGCCUGCACUUGUGGCCAAGAAAGCCGUCUGUAUCCUGGGGUGCAUUAAAAGGAUCGCGGUCAGCAGGCCGAGGAAGGUGAUUAUCCACCCGCUCUACCCAGCUGGAGCCGCAUUUAGAACACUACGCCCAAUAUUCCACCCCCGACCAUCCCCGCCCCCGGCAGCCCGGCCCGCUCGGCCCUGUGACGGGGCGGGGCCGCUGCCUCCCCCUCGGCAGAGCAAAGGCAGCAGCGCAGCAGGGCGGCCAUGGGGCUGUGCUUGCCCUGCAUGGGGGGAGCCGUCAAGGACGUGGUGGAGACGCCCGACCCGGAAAUAAAAAGAAGACAGCUUGCAGAAGCUGCUGAGAAGAGGCAGAUGGAGGCUUCUUCUCGAGGUAUUAAGAACAUUUCUUCUGUAGAGCAAAAGAAAAAGAAGCAGGAAGAAAUAGAAAAAAGAAUGGCAGCUUCAGGUCCUGUAGGAGAAGGAGGCCUGAGAUGGCAGGUUGGAUAAAGAAGUUUGACCUCUGGAGGUGAGAUUGAUUUUUACUGCCAAGAACUUGCCAGUUUCUGCAGCAGAGUGGAACUUAACUCAUCACGUGGCUUUUUGCUGUUUGCAUUCGAAGACUCAGCAGUACUUUGCCAUUGUAGGAGGGCAGAUGUGCAAACGUGUACUAAGAAAACGAACAUCUCCAGCCUCUGAACAACUCAGUUUUGGCCAAUUUUUGUUCUGUGUGCAUGUUUUGCUUCCCUGGCAAGGGAGUGAGAAGGGUUUUCUCACAUAGAAGUGACCUUUACCUGUAGUCGGUCUGUGUGUGUGUUACAUGGUCAAUUGGUACAUGUAUGCCUGCAUAUGUCCAACUUAAGCACAGUUCAGGUGCCCUUGUGUAUGUAUCUCCCUUGGAUUUCCUAAUUACUUUUGAACCGCUUUGGGAUUUAGCACCUUUUUUUUCUAAAGAAAUAAAAAAAUAAAUAGAGCAGAUCCUUAGAAAAAAGCUUUUUUGUGACACUACCUAAAAAAAAGAAAUAUCUUUAUAAUCCUUUUUUACGCUUAUAGCAAGAAAGUUGUUUUAUUGUGAGUCUGACAGUUUUUCCUCCUUGCUUUUGUGCAUGUAAAUUCCUUUAGAGUAUGUAUUUAUAUGAACACUGGAACGUAAACACUACAUUUGAAAUACUGUUGGUGACUUGUUUUGCUUUGAAUGCAGAGGGAAGCACAGAAAGAACAAAGUUAAAGACCUGUUCUUGGAUGGCUCAUUUGCUGAGAUUUCUGUGCUAUCUGGGUCGGUUUGUUACAGUGCAAUCACAAUUGCCAAAUGCUUGGAGCUCUGUUGCUUUUCUUUUGUAUCUAGUGAUGUCUGUAAUCCCUCUUCCUAAUGCAAAACUGCCUUUGAUUAUUUGGAGCUGCCUAAACUAAGGUAUAACCAGAUCUCCACAUCAGUGACCUCAAGCCACUGCUUUGAUAGAAGAACAAAGCUUGUUGCAGCAUGAUCAACAUGAAGAACCUAGCGCCUGCCUUCCAUGGAGAGCAUCAUAUCUGCCUCAGUACGUUACUGACCCCAUUUUUGACCUAGUUGAGGCUGCAAAGGCUUCUUUUUUCCUUUCCUGAACUAAGUAAUGUUACUUCCCCAAAUAGUGUCUCACGCUGUCUUAGGAGCACAGUUGUGACUCGGUGAAUUCCUGGCUUAGCCUUAGUCAUUAAGUUGAGAAAGGAGAUCUUUCAAUAUUAAUACAGUAGCACCAGGGCUAAAAGCUUGUGUCCUUAGCAGCUGAAUACCUUUAGCUUCCUCUGGUUGUUGGCACUUGUUCACAUAACUGUAUCAAAAGUAAUAAUAAUAAAAUGACUAUGAUGAUAAAGUACGAUGAAAAUA